GCUCCGCAAAGGAGGAGAAUGACAAUUUAAACAAUCCCAAGCCUCUGGCAGCGCCCCCCCCACCCCCCACCCCCGCCAGGUUGCGGUAACGGCUCCUAGUAAAUGGCUUUGCUCUUGCUCCUUUGCUCUGCUUCCCGUAAUACCCUGAAUCCUUCAGGAAGCAGUCGUCUCCCCACUUUACAGACAAGAAAACUGAGGUCCAGAGCCCAGAAGCGUGUGGCGGUUCCUGCUUCCAGCCGGUGGCUUCCACUCUCCACUUCCUUUGGGAAUCGCAGCAGGGUUGGCGAGAGCUGGCGAACAAUUUAGAAAGUCACUGUAAAAACACAGCCCUCCGGCAAGGAAGCUUUUCCGGGUUGCAAACCCUUCUUCUAGACCUUCUAGAAAAGCCAGUAACCAGCGCCCUCCCCGAGUCCUCACACUUAGCACAGUCCUUCCUCCGUGUGUCCUGGACACCUUGGGGUCCCCCACUUCAGGCACAGCUGGCUGUGAAGGGCCUUUGUCGAUGUGAACGUGCAGCAGCAGCAGCAGCAGCCUGGGGGUUAGGACGCUGUCCCUCCACGCGGGGGGCUUCGACCUGACCGCGAGGGGCCUUAACUAGAGAGAGAUUGAGAGGCAGAGACACAGGCAGAGGGAGAAGCAGGCUCCCUGCAGGGAGCCCGACGUGGGACUCGAUCCCGGGUCUCCAGGAUCAAGCCCUGGGCUGAAGGCAGGUGCUAAACCGCUGAGCCACCAGGGCUGCCCUGGAAAAGCUUUUUGAGCAGAACAAGGGUCUGACAUCUGUGGAAGAACAGAGGGAAGGAAAAACUGGGUGAAAAGAUAAGUAUGACACAGUUCCUACCCUUGGGAAGUUCACACCCUAGCCAGAGAAAAAGACUUGUAAUAACGGACCACAUACCACCACCCGGUGCGGAUUAUAAUGAAGUGAACAGAGACGAGAGAGGACUUUAUUCAGCCACCAUGGAGAGAGAAAGAAGAAACCGAUUCAGACAACUGACCUACGAACUGGACUUUGAGGAACGAAGAGGAGUUUUCCAAACGGAAGAUAUUACCAAUACAGGAUUCGUGCUUGCAGGGGCGUGGAGGUAUGACAGUGCGGACAACGUUAGAGGCAGUGAUCGCACGCAAGCUGCCGUACAACACUACACUGGCUUCAGUGUAGAACAGAAGUUCAACAAUUACAUCCUUUACAAAAUGCUCAUCUCGGUUCCGUGGUUCAGCCUUUACGUGGAGUACACACAGCUGAUAUCCCGGAAAACAAUACCUGGAGAAGGAUCAUCUUUCCGAGAUACCAUGAAAGCAUCUGACAGCUUGUCUUCAGCUAGUCCAGGCCUUACAAGAGUUAACGUAAUCUUCCUGGUUGACGCCAAUAAACAUCCUCAGAUCUUACAAUGGUCCAUUGAACAUUGGGUUCAUAGCAUGAAAUCUUUUUAAUGAUUUAUUGGAUUUAUUAAUUUUUGGAAUAGGAUUCUUGUCAUUUUCAUAAAUAGUUAGCCGAGGUAUGUUGUAAUAGGAAGAGUGAGAAGUGGACACGAUCGUUCCCAAAUGUGGAGCAUCUGGCUCUCAAACCAGAGUUAUUCUUCACCUCUCCCCGCUUUUUGUUCCAAAGAUGUCAUUUCCUUCUCAUUUAGGUAUAUGAUUCAGAUUCAGCCACUCUGCUAUUUUCAAAACGAACAAAAUUAAUCAACUUAUUCCAAGAAAAGAAUCUCAGAAUGAGAUUAUGAUCUAGAAAUUAUGGUCAAAUUAUGUGACGGCGGAGCUCAGUUAAAUAUGACCCGUGGUCAUUAUCAUUAAGCAGAUUGUGUGGAUGGCAGGGACACCCCACAAGAGAUGGCUUUUUAGAAAGCGCAACAAACAUGGAAGACUCAAACCAAUGGUUUUAAGGAAUCGCCCACCCUUGGCUUUGAGGAGCUUUUUAUGGGUAAUAGAGAUACAUGCGUCGUUCCACCGCACAUUUGCAUAUGUGAUCGCUGACGGACACCUCUACCUGGGGUGUCUCACUGGCCUCCCAAAGUCGACAUGGAAUCAUUUUGCUCCUAGGGUCAACUCUUCCUACCAUAUCAUAUCUCUGUGACUCCUGACAGCCCAUCCCUGGCAGCCCUCAUCCAUCUUUCUUUUUUUUUUUUCCUCCCCCACCAUACACACGAGUCCAUUCCCCAGCUACCCCCUUAGGUCCUCCUAUUCCAGCCUCUUCUUUUGUCUUCCUACUGUCACCAGGAGGUUUUUGUUCCCGCUUCCUCUCCCCUGGAGGAGCCCUCUAACAAGCCGCAGCCUUCAAAUCUCCUCGUAUUCCUGUCCAUUCGGUUUAUGGUACCCAAAUUAACCUUUCUAAAGCAGAGCUUCCAAGGCAGAACUUUAGAAUGUUCAAAAAUGGUUUAAUGGUUUUACUUUCUCUACCAAAUAAAUUCCGUACUCUUUAGUCUGAUAGUUUCAGGCCCUGCAAGUCUGGCUCCAAACCACCCCUACCCCCACCCCCACCCUGAAUGUGAACCCAAAGUGCACAACUAUUUAUGAGUCAGAUCCUACAAUCCUUUCUGGAUCCAUGACCCUGUUAAACCAUUACUCUGCUGAAAAUUUUUCUGCCCUCUCCACCCGUCAAAAUCUGUGAACUCCUUCCAUGAUGUAAUGUUAACAAAACAAAGAAACAAAAAGAAUAUAUUCUAUAUUAUACACUGAUACAAUCAUACUCAUUAUUCUCUCUCUCUCUCUCUCUCUCUCUCUCUCUCUCCAUUUAUCUACCCAUCACUCUAUCUAGAAAAAGGAAAUCAGGUUUUAAAAGAUAUAUAUCAAGUUGUUAAAAGGAGACUGCUCUCUGUGGCACAAUUCUGGGUGGAUUUUCCCCCCUUUUUAUUAUUAAAUUCGAAUUUUUCUGCAGAGAACAUGUAUUAUUUUAGUAAGAAAUAUAUCGGGUUUUUUUUUUAAGAUUUUAUUUAUUUAUU